AUGUCAUUCCCCAAAUCGCAGCCGGACUGGAGUAAUCUUAAUGUCCUCCAUCGAAACACGCUGCCCACACGCGCUCACUUCUUUCCGUACGCUAGUAAGGAAGACGCACUCUCCUUCGAUCGCCAAAAAGCACGGAUAAAACUACUGAACGGCACCUGGAGGUUCCGGCAUGAUAUUUCCCCUCUCCAAGUUCCUGCAUGGAACGCCCUCGAUCCCCUUACCUGGGCCAAUAUCAAGGUCCCUGGUAUGUGGCAACUUCAAGGCUAUGGGCGUCCUUUAUACAGCAAUGUCAACUAUCCUUUCCCUGUUAAUCCGCCAGACGUUCCGCUUCUGAACGAGACAGGAACAUAUUGGCGGCAAUUCACUACGCCCCAAGACUGGCAGGAUCAGCAGAUUCGAUUGCGUUUUGAGGGUGUUGACAGCGCCUUUCAUGUGUGGAUAAAUGAAGUUGAAGUUGGCUAUAAUCAAGGUAGUAGGAAUGCCAGCGAAUUCGACAUCACCUCAUUUUUGAAGGACACAGGGAACAUCAAUACUAUUGGUGUUCGCGUCUACGAGCUCUGUGACGGCUCCUACCUUGAACGACAGGAUCAAUGGCUUCUGCCAGGAAUUUUCAGAGAUGUCUACUUGCUUGCCUUCCCACCAGUUUCAAUAACAGGCUUUACCGUUCGAACUGAAGUUGACGGAAAUCUAGCAAAUGCAACAGUACAUGUCAAUGUCUGCCUCCAAGGGGUCGAUAUUGAGGAUAUCAAUCUCGAGCUAAGGGACCCAAACGCACAACUCCUCUACGCGAAGCAGUUCAAAUCCGUCGAAACUGGCACUAUAGUAGUCCGAGAUCACGACUUGGAGCUUUGGUCAGCUGAGAAACCUGUUCUUUACAGCUUACUCCUGAGCAUGGGUAACUCCUACAUCUCACAUCGUAUUGGCUUUCGUCGGAUCGAAAUGAAGGGGCCCAAUUUCCUGGUCAAUGGGAGACCCCUGGUCCUUAGCGGUGUGAACAGACACGAGCAUCACCAUCUCUAUGGUCGAGCAGUGCCGUAUGAAGAUAUGCGCGCGGAUAUUGUCUUGAUGAAGCAGCAUAACGUAUAA